AUGUUGUUAUCAAAGAGCAAUCUAGAAACAUUACGACAAGAGCAAGAGAACGGUCCUCAAGAGUCUAAGCUUGAUAGAAUCAUUGCUUAUAUCAAUGACCAAAGCGAACAAUUUCCAUAUAAUGGAUUACCUAAUAGCCAAACCAAUGUCUCUAUUCCAGAGUCUUGCAAAAGUGAUGACAAAUAUAGUUAUGCCAUUUCUGCUUCUAUUAGCGAUAUCAUUCGACGUAAAUGCGCUCAGCCAACCGUUGAUUCUCCUGUAUCGCAAAUGAAAGAAAUGAAGAAGAGACUGUACACACAAUCUUCUUCUAAUCAUGGUCAUAAGAGAGUCAAACAAUCUUCAAAAGAAGAACAUGCUGGCGCGACAACACUUCCUAUAUCAAAAUCAAAUGGGUUUCACCUACUACAGAAAUUUGUUUCACCGAAUUUAGAAAUCGACAGAAUUACAAUGAAAUCAAAUCAUCAUCAUUCACAACCAAAGAUUGGCUUGUUCAAUAAAGGCAAAUCAUCAGCUCAUGGGAAAUCAGUUCCUGAAUUAGUGUUUUCAGAAGAAAAGUUCUUGAAGAAACAAUACGAAUCACUCAAGCCAAUGUCCAAAGCAUAUGAAGUUGAAAGCCAUGUAUCUCGCCAUCCUUCUAUCUCCAAAUACUUUCAAAAGAACCCUUUAACAAGCAUACAAUCAUCCCGUAUGUCUAAUUAUACACAAUCUCAUUUUCAAAAGCCUUCUCCAUCUCACACAGUGCCACAUAAUACCUCAUUCUCUACCACUGCAAGUCCUGCUUAUCAAAACCCAGCUUUAUCUUCUAGACUUUCUAGUAGUGUUUACUUUUCUGUUACAUCACAUCGCCCUCGAUAUAUUCAAGAUAUAUUUGCUAAACAACAAAUGCCAUCUGCAGUUAUUAAUGGACACAGACCAUCACAAAUACUGGAAAAUCGUACACAACCAGAGAACAAUGACAAACAUACAAGUCUUUCAUCUUGUAUUACUAUUCAAAACCUCUUUAAAGAAUGUCGAAACACACCUUCAUUUGAAUUGAAGCACAAUAACUAUCAUGGCAUUCAGCAAACCCCAACCUACGCUCGUGUAAGGACACCCAACUUGAGCAGUGUAUCGCCUUCUGCUAUAUCUUGUUUGCAUGAAGUCACACCAGAAUCACCUAGGAUGAAUUCCUCCUGCUAUCGUCAGACUAGUGCCUCCCCGUCAGAAAACUCUAGUCUUUAUAUAUACUGUCAGAAUCCUUCUCUCAAGAAGCCAAAAUACCAAAAGAAUAAGCCAGAUCAAUCCGAUCCUGAAAUGAGAAACAAGCAACAUAAAAAGCCCUUAGACCUUAACUGGCAAUUAGAAGAUUCUAUUCUCUCUUUCGAUUCCAAUGAAGAACAGGAUGAUUUUAACGCCAUCAUGAAUUCGCCAGCAGUUCAUUUACUAGACAAAACAAUUCAACAAAGUGAUGACAACAUACAAAAAUUCUUGCAAACACGAUCCUAUAAAAGAAGAUUAUAG